AGAGAAUACCACAAGGACCUAGAGCACAUUGGGUAUUAGGCAUUACAAAUUGGGGAGAAAAGUCUGGUGGGGCUUCCAUCCUGGUUCUGAUAAAGUGGUUAAUAUUUCUAGGCUUUGUACAUUUCCUGAUCUGAGGUUAAUUCACUUCAAGUCAAUCAAGAAGCAGACAGAACAUGCAUAUGCUGUGGCUGACAUUUCUGGCCUCGGUUAUACGGGCAGAGGAGCAGUAUUUUCUUCUGUCCAGUGGCACCAAUAACACCAAUGGCACCACAUGGGACGAGGCAAGGUUCUAUUGUCAGGUCUGUUAUAAAGAACUGGCCACCAUCAAUAGUAGAAAUGUCCACCUUAUCGUGCAGAACCUUAUUUCAGACUAUUGGAUUGGACUCCGUGAGAGCUUCAAUGGCUCCAUUCCAUGGUCCAAAUGGUCCAAUGGGGAUCCUGUUACAUAUCAGAACUGGUACCCUGGUCAUCCUGUGCCGAAGAAAAUAAUUCCUAAAUGUUCCUCAACUACACAAACUCUUCUAUCUACACCAAUGUCUACCCCAAUGACUUCUCCUGAGACAACUAUAGUGACUUCUCCAAAGACAACUUCAAUGACUUCUCCUGAGACAACUUCAGUGACUUCACAAAAGACCUCUUCAAUGACUUCUCCAGGGACCUCUUCAGUGGCUUCCACAAGUAACAAAACAGUGGACUACUGUCCUCUAUUGACAGAAAUCCUUUUGUGCCUAAAUAUGACAUUAGAUGAAUUGGAGGAUAUUAGCUCUCCUCCUCAAAGUAAACCCGUUAAUCCUCAGACUGACACAUCUAGUGACCCUCCUAAUUCUACCCCUAGCACCACUCCUAGUUCCACUCCUAGCACCACCACUAGUAACUCCCUUAGCACCACCCAUAGUACCACCCCUAGUACCACCCCUACAUACACCCCUGACACCACAGCAUAUGGCACUACGGACAGCCCUUGCAGCACAGAACCUGAAGUUCUUGAUGAGUAUAUUGAGGAUGCUUGUGUGGCCCUUCUCAGCUUUGGCAUGUGGAAGGAAAACAGUGCUAUGAACUUCUACCUUUCAUCUGUUAUGAUGGUAAGAGUUUGUUUUACUGCACAAAAUCAUAUUUUUAGGCUCAUUAACAAUAAAUGCCAUAUACUUAUGUAUUUAUAUACUACUUGUACAAAUGUACCUGAAUUGUUUAGAUAUAUAAUCAGUAUGAUUUCUUAAGCAGCAGCCAGCAUGAUCACACAGGAAGCCGACAUGUUGCUACCAAAUGUUCUGUUUCCCUGACAUCGACCCAUUCUACAGGGUUAAAGAGAAGCAGCAUAUCCCAUCAGACAUUUUUGCAUCAGUUCAAACAGGGGUAAUGUUUCCUGUAGUGCUACAGAUAGCAUGUUGCGUCAUCAGCUUUAGAGACAUGGGUUCUCAUCUCUUGUUAAAACUAGGAAGAAAUCACCUUAACAUCCUGUAUGACGAGCUAGAUUCAGAGGUUGCAUUUGCCAUCUACGAUAACAACUUUAUUCCACUGGUGGUUAGGUUUAGGGUUGUGGUCUAGGUUUGGGGGUGAAGUUAAUAAAAUGAUCAGUCCUCUUCACUGUAUAACAUCAUUUACAACUAAAAACUCUUCGCUUUACAACUCUGCUUCGGCACCCAUCUGCAGAGAUUUCACUGGAGUUCACACAUGCCAAUAUGUUUAAAAACACUUCUCACCCUGGCCACUGCGGGCAGUGGUUUGAAUUUUGGUAAGCCCAGACCGAUAUUAGCCGAAGAACUAGCUGAAGAAAGUAGCUGUGUCCCAAAUGAUGCACUAUAAACUUACAGUGUGCACUCUGCCAUCUAGUGUAAGAAUUUUCAAAGUCCUAAAUGGAAAAUUAAGUUCCCCUUCUGUCGCUCUCUCCACGUUGUGUCGGAGAAGCGACACUAGGGGUC